AUGGAGGUGCCACUGUCUGUGGAGAUCACCGACGGGCAGCGCCUUGAGACUGAGCAGCUGCAGGAUGAGAGCAGUAUGGAUGGAGUACAGCAGAGUGGGGGGCAGGAGACAGGGGAGCAGCAGACAGGGGAGCAGCAGAUUGGAGAGCAGCAGACAGGGGAGCAGCAGAUUGGGGAGCAGCAGACAGGGGAGCCGCAGACAGGGGAGCAGGAGAUGUGGGGAAUUAGAGAUGGUGGUCGUGUGUUGGUUUCUGGGACGACCACUGCACCACUACGUCGCUCCACUCGCAUCACUCGUGGUGUCCCGCCUGUUCGAUACGCUUGGGCUGUAGUGGUUGAGCCAGCGGGCUUGGAUGACGAGGAGGAGGACGACGAGUGGACUAACCUGGACCCGGACGCAAACGCUACCAAAACUCUACCAAGUUGCUGGCGCAACAUCAUUCCCAUAGCACAGACUCUCUCGCUAUCGCUACGCUCUCUAAUAUAUUCCUUCAUUGCUGCUGGGGGAAGCGCAGGCGUGGACGCGGCGAGUUGGGGCCGCAAGCUGCUGGAAGCGAGCGGCGGUGACCUGGACGUGGGUGGCGAGGAGGAGGAGGCGGGGGAGGCGACGGACGGGCUGGACGAGGCAGUGCGGGUGCUGCUGACGUGGAAGCAGAUCAAGAACGCGGCGAAUCAUGCGGCAAAGAGCGAGGCGGGGCAGAAGGCGGGAGGGUUGGUGAAGAAUGUGGUGAAGAAGGGCGGCAAGGAGGCGCUCACGGCUGCAGUCAACGCGUUCCGCAGUGGCAAGGGUGUCAGAUUUAUAUGA